AUGAACUUGGAACUGAUCAAGGAGCCUUCUGCACAGGAAAUAAGAGCUGCCCUCUUCGACAUCCAUCCUGAUAAGGCCCCGGGGCCUGAUGGCUUCUCUGCGAGCUUCUUCCAUGAAAAUUGGGAGGUGAUUGGAGCAUCAGUGGUCAAAGAGAUCCAGGGCUUCUUUGUGACGGGCUGUAUCCCUAGCUCCCUCAACACCACACACGUCCGCUUAAUACCAAAGCACACAGGAGCUAAGAGUAUUGUUGAGUAUCGCCCUAUUGCGUUGUGUAACGUUUUCUAUAAGAUAGUUUCCAAGCUGCUCUCGAAGAGGCUCCAACCCCUUCUUUCCUGCAUCAUUUCUGAAAACCAAUCAGCGUUUAUUCCUGGCAGAGCGAUAUCAGAUAAUGUGUUACUAACGCAUGAAACUCUCAACUAUCUAAAGACGUCUAAUGCAGAAAAGAAUUGCUUCAUGGCAGUUAAAACUGACAUGAGCAAAGCUUAUGACAGAGUAGAGUGGGAGUUUAUCAACCUGGUUUUCAAAAAGCUAGGUUUCCACGACAAGUUCACUCACAUGAUCCUACAAUGCAUCACCACUGUAACCUAUUCUUUCCUAAUAAAUGACGAGGUUUAUGGAAACGUGAAGCCUUACCGUGGUAUACGCCAAGGGGACCCCUUGUCACCCUAUAUAUUCAUCCUUUGUGGUGAGGUAUUGUCAGGCUUGUGCAGAGAGGCUGAACGCACCGGUGAGCUUCAAGGAGUAAGAGUAGCGAGAGGUAGCCCAAGGGUGAGUCAUUUGCUCUUUGCAGAUGACACCAUGUUCUUCUGCCAAUCCAACGAGGCAAGCUGCUCUACUUUGAUGAGAAUCCUAAGUGACUAUGAAGGUGCAUCUGGCCAAAAAAUUAAUUCACAUAAGUCAUCAAUCACAUUCUCAAAGAAAACACCACAAGACAGAAGGGAAGCUGCAAAAAGAAUCCUAAAAAUUCAGAAAGAAGGUGGUAAUGGGAAGUACCUUGGACUCCCGGAGCAUUUUGGUCGACGAAAAAAGGACCUGUUCACGGCUAUAGUGGACAGAAUACGUCAGAUAGCAACCCACUUAUCUUCACGACGCCUCUCCAAAGCUGGUAAAAUGACCAUGCUGAAAGCUGUACUGCAAGCCAUCCCAACAUACUCUAUGUCCUGCUUCCUCCUCCCAGCCAGCCUGUGCAAAAGAAUACAAUCUGCGUUAACACGCUUUUGGUGGGACACUGAUGAUCAGAUACGCAAGAUGAGUUGGAUCGCAUGGACAAAGCUAACAGAUCAUAAAGCCUUGGGAGGAUUGGGUUUUAGAGAAAUACAAGGGUUCAACCAAGCUCUACUAUCAAAAAUCAGCUGGCGUAUUCUAACAAAACCUGACUGUCUGUUGGCUAGAGUACUUACCGGAAAGUACUGCAGGAAUAAGAGCUUCCUGGAAGCUACGGCACCGCAGUCCUGCUCCCAUGGAUGGAGAGGGAUCCUUCACGGAAGAGACCUCCUCAAAGCUAAUCUGGAGAAAAUAAUAGGGAAUGGGAGGUCAACAAAGGUCUGGCAGGAAUCAUGGGUCUCACUAACUCAGAAAACCAUACCUUAUGGCCCUUUCACCGAAGAUUCCGGUGACUUACGAGUGUCUGAUCUGCUCACUGACGAUAUGAGAUGGAACAUAAAGCGAGUGGAGGAGAUUCUCCCUGAACUCUCCUCGCUGAUCCUCUCUCUACAACCAAGCCAAUCCGGUGCUGAAGAUAGCUAUGUCUGGUACCCAACAAGCAAUGGAGUCUACACUGUGAAGUCGGGCUACAACUCUCUACGCGGAGACAAGAUGAGCCUACCAACUACAACUCUCCCAGGCACAAACAGGGAGGAGCUAGAUUGGAUCAGAGACGUGUGGAGAGGAGAGUACUCCCCCAAUAUUAAAACUUUCCUAUGGUCUCUGACACAAAAAGCGAUCCCGAUAGGAGAGCACCUGCAAAGGAGAGGAGUUAGACUUGAAGCGAAGUGUAUCAGAUGUGGAGAGUUAGAAACAGAAGCGCACCUUUUCUUUGAGUGUGAAUUUGCACAAAGAGUGUGGAGCUACAUUGAAACAUCGCCUGGCCUUGAUCUCAAUAAUCAAACCAGCAUCACAGCGGCUCUGAUUGCUUCCCGUAAAGCAGUCUGUCUCCCCCCACUGGGUGUCUCCACCAACAUCAUCCCGUGGAUCCUCUGGGCACUUUGGACUGCGAGAAACGCGCUGAUAUUUGAACAGAAAACAUAUUCUGCCGCUGAAACAGCAACCAAAGGAAUCAAACUGGCUAGAGAGUGGAUCCAAGCUCAACCAUCAAAGGACAGCAAUGAAGGAUUGCAAGCGAGCAGAGCAAAACCACCGGGGAUCGAGCAUCGCCACCCAUCAUCGACGGCGACUACGAUCUGUAAAACAGAUGCGGCUUGGGAGAAAGGCACCAACACGGCAUGGCUUGCAUGGAUCAUCACAGAUGCUACACGCGGUCUGGAAGUACGCGAUGGCCAAACACACCUCAACGUCACAACACCUCUAGCGGCCGAAGCCCUAGCGAUGAGAGCAGCGAUCAAGGCAGCGGCUUCGCUAAGCAUCACCCACCUCCGGAUGUUUUCCGACAAUCAAACCCUUAUCAGGGCCUUAACCGACAAACAACUCGAGAAAGAAAUCUAUGGCGUUGUGAAAGACAUCGAAGCUCUCUCUUCUCUGUUCGUCGAAGUUUCUUUUGUUUUUCUUCCACGGACUGAGAAUGGGCAGGCAGAUGCCUUGGCCAAAUCCAUUCUCAGAAACCCAUCUUUUGUAUUGGGCCGGCCCACGGGCUAA